AUGAAUUCUUUACGUGAUAGCCUGGCCAGCAUUCCGGGUGCAAUGCAAAAUUUGGCAACGGCCGCAUCAAGCUACUACACACUUGGCAUAGCAGCUAGAAAUAGUCAAGGUCAAAACGAUUCUUUGUCUGGCGUUGAAGAUCGUGUCAGUGCGUCCUCUACUCCAACAACGGAGUCCUUGCAUAGCUUUAAUGAAAUUGAUUCGGGAUCUGGUGCCAUAUUAGUAAGUGAAAAAUCCUUACCCAUACCAGCAUCUUUGGUCAAGGAGCAAUGGCGUUUGAUAUUUAACUCAGAGGCCAGUGUCCAAGAUUUGCAGGAAGCCAUUAACCAUUGUAAAGAUUUGGUAUUGCUUUCUGAGGAGAAUAGCGAAGAACGUAGAUGGCUGGUUAGACAUUUAGUGGAUUUGAGGUACUCCUUGGAAGAACUACAGGAGGCUCAAAGUGAUAAACUGGAGGUGGGACCAUCUGUAAAAACAGUAGUGGGUCAUCAUUUUAUCGCACGUCAACGAGGCAUUGGUAAAAGUUUGCCAUUACCCACCCAGCGAAAUUAUUGUGAUUAUUGUACUGGCAUUAUUUGGAGUGUUGUCCAGGCGUCCUAUGUUUGUACGGAUUGUCGUUAUAUGGCCCACCAAAAGUGUGUGGACAAAGUAACAAGAGUGUGUGCCCACGUAAUAGCUUCCGAACGUCAAUAUCCCAUAUUGGAAAUUUGUCCCGAAAUUGGUCUUGCUGCCCAGCAAUACAAAUGUAUGGAGUGUCAAACGUUGCUUAAUUGUAAAAACUCCUGGAUUGAACCGAGAUUAUGUGAUUAUACUGGCCUGUAUUUUUGUCCAUCGUGCCAUUGGAAUGAUCAGAGUAUUAUUCCAGCUCGUGUUGUACACAAUUGGGAUUUUUUGCCACGUAAAGUUUCGCGUUCGGCCCUGCAAGAAAUCCAGCUAUUUCUGGAUAAGCCAUUAAUUCGCCUAGAAGAAGCCAAUCCAAAAUUAUUUGUCUUCCUUGAGAAAUUGGCCUCGCUAAAGAAACUACGUCAAAAUCUUGUGUACAUGCGUAAAUAUUUGUCUGAAUGCCGACAGGCAAUGGAUGAUAAGAUAUUGGAUACUCAAAUUGGUAAUUUCAAAGCAUUUAUUUCGCACAUGUUACCAAAUUAAUAUUGUAUUCCUUUUAUUUCCGUAGGACAUCGCCGCUAUCUAAUACAAUCGAAUGAAUUGUAUUCCGUUAAUGAUUUGGAACAAACUGAAAAUGGCAUAUUAGUCGAUUAUCUACACAAAGUCUUCAACUGUUUCGAUAAGCAUAUCAGAAGCUGUUCCAUGUGUAUGGCCAAGGCAUAUAUCUGUGAAAUCUGUAGCAAUGAUGAGGUCAUUUUUCCCUUUGACGAUGGCUGUAUUAUAUGUGACAUUUGCAAUUCUAUUUAUCAUCGUGUGUGUAUGACUCGUAAAAAUAUGAUUUGCCCAAAAUGUGUUCGUGUUCAAGAAAGACGAUUACAAAGGGAAAAGAGUAUGGAAAAUAAUCCAAGUAAAACGGGAGUGGACGAUAUAUAA